GGUGUGUUUUUUCCCUUCGCCUCCAGGUUAUCUCUGGACUGAAGCUUACACGAUUAUUUGCUUCAAACCAGAUUCUGCCAAGUGAAUGCCUCAGUUGUCUAGUAGAACUCCUUGAGGAUGCUAAUAUAAAUCCAUCUCUCACCUUGUCUGUGAUUACUUUGCUGUCGCAGCUAGCUUUAGACAACGAGACUAGAGAAGCUCUUCAAGAUACCUACAAUUUGACCAGUGUACUGGCAGGAGUGGUUCAUCGAAAUUCUACUAAUCUUAGCGACCCGGUGUUAUUACAGAGUAUUCAGCUGCUGCAGAGGCUAACCUACAACGUUCCAGUCUUUUGCGCUGGUGCCAACAUCGAUGAACUAAUUUCAUUUCUAAUGCAUCACGUUCAAUCCACUGAAGAUGAACUAACGAUACCGUGUUUAGGACUCCUGGCAAAUCUCUGUCGUCACAACUUAUCUAUUCAAACUCAGAUAAAAUCUGUGAAUAAUGUGAAGAGUUUCUAUCGUACCUUAAUAAGUUUCCUGGCCCAUAGUAGUUUGACUAUGGUUGUGUUUGCACUUUCAGUAUUAUCAAGCCUUACUUUAAAUGAAGAAGUAGGAGAAAAACUCUUUCAUGCUCGAAAUAUCCAUCAGACAUUUCAGUUAAUAUUCAAUAUUGUUGUAAAUGGUGAUGGUACUCUAACGAGAAAAUACUCUGUUGAUCUACUCAUGGAUCUUCUGAAGAACCCAAAAGUUGCAGUUUAUCUUACCAGAUAUGAGCACUUUACCUCAUGCCUUGGUCAAGUAUUAGAUCUUCUUCAUGGAAGGGAUCCUGAUUCAUCAUCUAAGAUCUUGGAGCUGUUGCUUGCCUUCUGUUCCGUGAUAGAACUGCGUCAUACCCUGCGGCAGGCAAUACUGGAACCAUCUGGCUUGCCAGUCUCUGGAAAUACCAGAUUUGUGACUCGCUCAAAGACUUUUGAACCAUCUGUUGCACUGGUGCACUUGUCAAACCAACCGUUGGAAGGCUCUGAAGACUGUUCAGUUCUAGCGUUGCAACUAUUCAGAGAGAUUUUUGAGGAUGUUAUUAACAGUAGGAACAGUGCCUCAGCUGAACAUUUUGUGGAUCUGUUGCUGCCUGUUCUUCUUGAUCAUCUUCAGAUGCCAGAACAGAUUGUGGAUGAGCUACUAUUGAAGAAAAAGUGUGAAAGAGUGGUCAAGACUGUUAAUGUCCUGACUAUGCUCUGUAGAGAUGACGCACUGAAAAUGCAUGCUUCGAAGGUACUGACUGCCAGCCAAUGCACGUCUCUAAUAGAACAACAAUUUACCUAUAGUGGGAUUGAUACUGGAUUUGGAACAAAAGUCGUGGACUCUAAAACAUGCAAACUUGCUGCUGACAUAAUUUUGAAAACGCUUGAUCUUAUGAGCAGACUGAAGCAGGAUGUACCUGGUAUGGAGGUCAGCUUCUACAAAAUUUUACAGGAUCAACGUUUGAUUAUGCCGCUGACAUUUGCCUUAACAUCAGACCAUAGAGAUCAAGUCCAGGUGGGACUUAGAAUACUGUUUGAGGCUGCACCCUUACCAGAUUUUCCUGCCGUAGUGCUUGGUGAAAGCAUUGCGGCAAAUAAUGCUUACAGGCAACAAGAAAAGGCGCACACUUCAAAAAGAAUCCAAAUGCAGUCACCAGUGACCAACGUUACUUCAGUGAAGUGUUCUUCAUCCUGUCCUUCAAGUGAUGAAUCCACAAAUUCAAGUAUUCAGGAAUUAAUACAAAAACUUAAUUCCGGACUGGAGAUGAAGGAGCCGUUUGCUGAUAGGAGGAUCUCUGACAUAAUGGAUGUCUACGAGCAGAAGCUGUCGGCAUUAGCAUCUAAAGAAACGAGGCUGCAAGACCUUUUGGAAGCGAAGGCAGUAGCUCUGGCUCAGGCUGACAGGCUGAUGGCUCAGUACCGAUGUCAGAGAGCCCAGGCUGAAUCUGAGGCAAGAACUCUUGCUGCAAUGUUGAAGGACGCAGAACGAAAAAAUGAAGAACUUAAUGAUUUACUCAAAGCUCAGCAGGUAGAAUCUGAAAGAGCACAGACUGAUAUUGAACAGCUCUUUCAACACAACAGGAAAUUGCAAACAGUUGCUGAAGAACAUGAAAUACUGAAAAAAUCCUCUGUCGAUCUUCUUCAGAGGUAUGAAACAAAUGAAAGACAAUAUAAAAAUCUACAGAUUACAUGCAAUUCACUGAGUAAGCAAAUGGAAGCAAUGAAGAAUCUAAGUGAGUCGCUCAAGCAGCAGAAUGACAAGACUGCUGCACAGUUGGUAGAAACUGAAAAUCACAGAAAAGAAUUACAGCAAGAGCUACAGGAGAGAGAUGGCAAAAUAGCAACCUUGCAACAGAAAAUAAAAGUUCUUGAAGAAAAACUGAAAGCUCAGCAGGAAGAAAAAACAAAUAUGGAACAAACUGUAGAUGUUCUUAGAAAGGAAUUAAGUAAAACGGAGCAAGCAAGGAAGGAACUGAGUAUCAAGGCAUCUUCUCUAGAAGUUCAAAAAUCCCAGUUGGAAGGACGCUUGGAAGAAAAAGAAGCGCUUGUAAAACUGCAGAAGGAAGAACUGAAUAAACACUCCAAUAUGAUUGCCAUGAUUCACAGUCUAAGUGGCGGCAAGUUAAGCGCAGAAGCAGUGAACCUCAGCUUAUAG